AUGCAUUCCUUUUAAUAAUAUUCUUCUCUAAUAAAUCUCGUCUCCUUUUUCUCUCUUUUAUUUUUUUUUCAAUUAAAAAAAUAAAUAUGCCCACCAUAUCUGAAAUCUCAUCUUCAUCUUCUCCAAAUUCAUGGCAAUUAGAUGAAGACGAACCUAUAAUUUCUUCUUCAUUGAAAAUUCAAUUAGUUUCCAAGUCAGUAUCAGAGAGACUGCUCUCUAAAUUCUCCGAUUUAACUGAAUUUGGUUUUGAUUACUCUAAAAGUGGAUUGUGGUCUCCUCCAAUAGAAAGAUGCCACGUGUUCUCCGGCUCACCCACCGGGGAAAUCCUUUCACACAGACAAAUGGCUGAUAAAUUGAAUAAAGUAUUGAAGAGACAUCAGAGAAGAAGACGUUGCUUCAAUCCAUGUUUAUGUUCUCCAAAGAGAUUCUGAUCUCAAGCUACACUGAGAGACUAAGAAAAUAUGCAGGAAAGAUAUUUUGUUUAUAAUUAUUAGUAUUAUUUAUUAUUAUCUAAUUCAAAAUGUACAUGUUUUUUUUUUAUGUAAUUACUAUUAAUUUAAUUAUAUAGAGGAAAGGAUAAUUGCUUGAUUUAUUUUUUGUAUUUUCUUGGAAAUGGGAAUUACAACUCUCCAUGAAAGCUUUAAUAAAGAACAAAAAGAUAAAAGCUGGAAAUUAGGACCAUUUUUAA